GUCUGGCAUCGGAGUGACCGGUGUCUGCUGUGAGCAAUGGCGGAUUCGUUGACACUUUUCACUUCUAUCGGGCUCAGUGAACAAAAAGCAAAAGAAACACUAAAAAAUGAAGCGCUGAGUUCUGCAAUUAAGGAAGCCAUUGCCCAGGCUCAGCUUGUCAAUGGCACAUCAGGGGUGGAUAAGGCCAUGGGGACAUUGCUUUAUAGCAUGGCUUCUCGCCUCAAAGACUCCAAGCAUCUGGCACUCCUCUCAGCCUACAUAGCUCAGCGCAAGAUCUGUACAGAGCUACAGCUGACAGCUGCAUUGGACUUUGUGAAGAACUGUUCUCAAGACUCUGUCAAUCAGAGGGGGUUUGAAGAUGCAUGUGGAGUGGGUGUAGUUAUAACACCAGAGCAGAUCGAAGAUGCAGUGGAGACAGUGAUCAAAAAACACAAGGAACAGCUUUUAAAGGAAAGGUACCGCUUUAACAUGGGAUUGAUCAUGGGAGAGGUGCGCACUGCUUUGAAGUGGGCUGAUGGAAAGAUCAUAAAAAAUGAGGUGGACAUGCAGGUUUUGCAUCUUUUGGGUCCCAAAACAGAGGCGGACCUGGAGAAGAAAACUAAGAAAGCCAAAGUUAGCGAGAAUGAUGUCAAGGUGAAGGAAGAAGAAAUUGCAGUAGAUGGUGAAGUUAAACCUGAAGGGAAGUCUCUGAUGGAGCAACUCAGGGGAGAGUCGCUGAAGUUCCACAAGCCAGGAGAGAACUAUAAGACUGAGGGCUAUGUGGUUACUCCCAACACCAUGAACCUGAUUCAAAAGCAUCUCGAAAUCACUGGUGGACAGAUUCGCACUCGCUUUCCUCCUGAGCCUAAUGGUAUCCUUCACAUUGGACAUGCCAAAGCCAUUAACUUCAAUUUUGGUUAUGCAAAGGCCAACAAUGGGAUUUGUUUCCUGAGGUAUGACGACACAAACCCAGAGAAGGAGGAGGAGAAAUACUUCACUGCCAUCAGGGAAAUGGUUGAGUGGCUCGGGUACGAACCUUAUGCCAUCACUCAUGCCUCAGACAACUUCCAGAAACUUUAUGACCUUGCUAUGGAUCUUAUUCGCAGGGGCCAUGCCUAUGUGUGCCACCAGAGGGGGGAGGAACUGAAGGGCCACAAUGUGCCCCCAUCACCAUGGAGAGACCGUCCUAUUGAGGAGUCACUGGUGUUGUUUGAGAGAAUGAAGAAGGGCCUGUUUUCUGAGGGCGAAGCCACACUCAGGAUGAAGAUGGUUAUGGAAGAUGGGAAGAUGGAUCCUGUGGCUUACCGAAUCAAGUACACCCCACAUCAUCGGACGGGAAAUGAAUGGUGUAUUUAUCCCACCUAUGACUACACUCACUGUCUGUGUGACUCUAUUGAGAAUAUUACGCAUUCACUCUGUACCAAAGAGUUCCAGGCCAGGCGGUCCUCAUAUUUCUGGCUGUGUAAUGCUGUAGAUGUAUACUGCCCUGUGCAGUGGGAAUAUGGACGCUUAAAUCUCACCUACACUGUUGUGUCGAAGAGGAAAAUCAUCAAGUUGGUAGAGACAGGAAUUGUGAGAGACUGGGACGACCCCCGUCUCUUCACCCUGCCUGCUCUGAGGAGAAGAGGAUUUCCAUCGGAGGCAAUUAACAACUUCUGUGCACUGGUCGGAGUAACGGUUGCCCAGACAACAAUGGAGCCUCACCUGUUGGAGGCGUGCGUGAGAGAUGUGCUGAAUGAAACAGCACCUCGGGCCAUGGCUGUCUUGGAACCUCUCAAAGUUACUAUUACCAACUUCUCUGAGAAUACAAAGUCGGAUGUCCAAGUGCCAGAUUUUCCUGCCAAUGUGGCCAGGGGAAGUCAUGUUGUUCCAUUUACACGCACCAUCUUUAUUGAACAGAGUGACUUCAGGGAGGUAAUGGAGAAGGGCUACAAACGUUUGACCCCAGAACAGCCAGUAGGUCUAAGACAUGCUGGAUAUAUCAUCUCUGUACAGAAGGUCAUCAAGGAUACUCAGGGUAAAGUGAUCGAGCUGGAGGUGAGUUGCUGCAGUACCACUGAUGCUACAGAGAAGCCCAAGGCCUUUAUCCACUGGAUCAGCAAUCCCCUGGUGUGUGAAGUACGCCUCUAUGAAUGGCUAUUUCUGCACAAAAAUCCAGAGGAUCCAUCUGAGGUGCCUGGGGGCUUCCUUAAUGACAUCAACCCCAAUUCCCUGCAUGUGAUUAAAAGUGCCUUUGUGGACAGCUCGGUAAGGGGAGCAAAGGUCUUUGACAAAUUCCAGUUUGAGAGGGUGGGCUUCUUCUCUGUGGACCCUGACAGCACAACAGACAAGCUUGUCUUCAACCGAACAGUCUCUCUUAAAGAGGACCCCAGGAAGAUCUGAUUGGUUAAAAUCAAGAUGGACCUCCUAUGAGCCUUCAGAUAAACACUGUCAGUGAAUGCUUUUUUGCGUCACUCAGUGUGAACCGUCAGCAAAGACUCCGAUGACAACAUAGAUUGAGACCGAAUAAAAACAAAUGUGUUAGUAUUCAUUGUAUUGUCAGUGAAGGACCUCCAUGAGCCUUCAGAUACAUUGUCAGUGAAUGCUAGUUUGCAUCACUCAGUGUGAAACUUCAGCAAAGACUGAUGACAACAUAGUUCGAGACUGAAUCAUAACAAAGUUUUUAGUAUACAUAUUGGGUCUAUAAAGUAACUAUGCAUGAAAGCAUUGAAAUCUGAAGACAAAGGCCAGUUGGGGGGGUGGGGGACUUAUUGGCUGUUGAUUUUAAUUUUACCAUAGGAAAAUUGAAGCAUAAGCAAUUACGACAAUAUUUGUUUGAUCACUCCCAAACACAAAGGCAGUCAAUGCAUCACAAGUGGCCUCUUGAAACGUUUCUCUAUGUGCUGCAAUAAUAUGCACUUACAAGGUUUUCUUGACUUUGUUGAAUGACUUUGCAAAAUAUCAUUUUACAUCAGUCCAUCUUUUUAAACUCUUAGCUGAUGUUACACAAAAGGAUUUUCUCUAUGCUCUUUGCCAUAUUUGGUUUUCUUACUAAGGUGGUGUGUCGCCUCAUAACCCCCCAUGCAUUUUUUGUAGUCUCAGGUCUUAUUUUGACAGGAAUAAAUGAAUAAAACAUUC